GAAAACGGGUUGCUAAGAAAAACACACGCUGCUAUGUUAAAGUAAAUGAGUAGUUUUGCUAGCGUAGUGCUAAUUAUAACGUCUUGCCUUAUCAUAUUUAUAUGGAACACCAACAAUGACGGAUGUUAAGGUUAAAAAGGAGUCCACAGAUGCUGUGGAUAUCGAAAACAGAAUAAAGGAGCUGUGUCAGCAAUUUCCACAAGGAAUCACUGAUCAGGUCAUCCAAAAUGACAUGCCGCAUGUGGAGGCUCAGCAGAGGGCCAUGGCCAUCAACCGGCUGCUGUCUGUGGGCCAGUUGGAUCUCCUCAGAAACAGCAAUGGCUUGUUGUACCGGUUAAAGGACAAUCAGUCAGCAAACAAAAUGAAGGGCUCUGACAACCAGGAGAAGCUCGUUUACCAGAUCAUUGAGGAUGCGGGGAAUAAAGGAAUCUGGAGUCGAGAUAUCCGCUAUAAAAGCAACCUCCCCCUGACCGAGAUCAACAAAAUCCUAAAGAACCUCGAGAGCAAAAAGCUGAUCAAAGCUGUCAAGUCUGUCGCAGCCUCGAAGAAGAAGGUGUACAUGCUGUACAACCUGCAGCCGGACCGCUCUGUUACAGGAGGAGCGUGGUACAGCGAUCAGGACUUCGAGUCUGAGUUUGUGGAAGUUCUGAACCAGCAGUGCUUCAAGUUCCUGCAGAGUAAGGCAGAAGCAGCGAGAGACAGUAAACAGAGUCCGAUGGUGCAGAGAAACAGCUCAUUCGCCACCUCAUAUGAAGUCUGGAAGUACAUCUGCGAGCUGGGAAUUAGCAAGGUGGAUCUGUCGAUGGAGGACAUCGAGACCAUCCUGAACACACUGAUCUAUGACGGGAAGGUAGAAAUGACCAUCAUCGCGGCUAAAGAGGGCACAGUAGGUUGCGUGGACGGGCAGAUGAAGCUCUACAGGGGUGUAAACGCCAUCAUCCAGCCCACAGGCCUGGUUAAAACGCCCUGCGGUCUUUGCCCGGUGUUCCACGACUGCCACGAAGGCGGGGAAAUCUCACCAUCGACUUGCGUGUACAUGGGAGAGUGGCUAGACUUUUGACCUUUUGUUGGAUUGUGUUUUUUUUUCUCUGUGGAGAAAGUGCUGUAUACUUUUUUUUUUUUUUUUUUUGCAACGAUUUGAUGCAACAAAUGAUAUGUUUAUUUAUUUACAACAUGCAAAGGUUUGAUACAGUAUAUUUGAAAUGAAUGUGUAGAAAGAAGAAUAAGAAACAGCAGCUGUACUGUGGAAACUAUCCUGUCAGUGGUCCUUUUCUGUUCCUUUUCUCCUUAAAAUCAAAUUCCUCUGAUACACGUGAUACAGCAUUACACGAAACACGCAGCUGAUUAACAGGUUGUAAAUGAGUUACACAUUUCCUCUAGAUCUGUGCUCAUUCAUUAAUAUCCAAACUCUUUGUUACUUCUUGGGAUUUUUUAAGAAAUAUCAGUAAGUGAACACAGUAUAAACUGUUAAGUUUUGAAUUUCUUAUAAUAAAGACUGGGAUCGAAACAAA